AUGGCAAGCUACACGAACGGCGAAAGCAACAACGGCGAGACCAAGGGCAUUCAGCCCAAGAUCACUCUCUACACCAACCACCUUUGUCCCUACGCCCACCGCGCCCACAUCACACUCGAAGAGCUGGGUCUGGACUUUGAAGAAGUCAUUAUUGACCUGGACAAGCCUCGCGAGCAAUGGUAUCUGGACAUCAANCCCCGUGGCCUCGUGCCUACGAUCAAGUACACCGUCCCCGGCCUCUACGAUGAGGAGAUCAUCACCGAGUCGAGCAUUGUCGCACAGUUCCUCGCAGACGCCCGUCCUUCGCACUUGCUGCCCGGCAGCUUGCACGACCCCUUUGCACCGCUUUUUAGAGCCAGAUUGGCUUUCUUCGUCGACACAUGGAACACAAAGGUUCAGGGCAACCUUUAUCCUCUGAUGAAGGCCGAGGGUGAAGAGAAGGAGAAGUUGGCCAAGGAGACCAUUGCUGCUAUCGAGAAGGAGAUUGAGCCUCUUUUGGCAAAUGCUGCUCCUUUCUUUGGCGGCAAGGACAAGCCCACGCUUGCCGAGGCCAUCAUUGCGCCUUUCCUGAUCCGCUUCUUUGCUUUCUCCAAGGACGGCAACCUUCUCCCUUCUUCGCUGAAGAAGUCCAUCGAGGCUUUGCCCAAUACUGGCAAGUGGGCCAAGGCUGUUGUCGAGCUUCCGAGUGCUCUGACUAUCUGGAACGAGGAGGAUGUUAUCAAGAGAACAUCGGCUCGUAUAGCUAAGAUGAAGGAGGCUGCUAAGUAA